UUUGAACCCCCGAGGCGAAGUUGGCAGAGCGAGCGAUACCACGCCACCGUUGGCCGCCGGGAUGCUACUGGCGCGCGCCCCGCCGCCAUCGCCGUCGGCGUUCAACUCCCCGGCGCUUUCGGCGCGCGCCUUCCGCCGUCGCCGCCUCGCCGCUCCCGGUGCCGCCGCGACGGCCGCGUCCAAGCCGCCUUCUCUCCGGGUCGGGCAAAGGCGCAAGCAGGUGGCGAGCGUGGCGAACCCCAUGGUGAAGCACUGCGUGAAGCUCCGGGACUCGGCCGCCUACCGACGGUCCUGCCGCCGCCUCGUCCUCGUCGGCCUCGCCCCCGUCCUGGAGAUCUGCAGGCUUGGGCUCGCCGCCAUCGAUUGCUUGCUCCUCUUGGACGGCGCAGAGGUCCCGGGUGAACUGCAUGAGCUCUCUGGUGGCAAUGUUGUGUAUGUCAGCGCCACUGUGAUGAAGAGGAUCUCCGGGAUGCGGUCGGUUGAUUCAACCGAGGCGAUUGCUGUCAUGCACAUGCCCAAGCAUUUCUGUGACCUCGGUGAUGAGGAGGGUGGAGCUGGUCUUGAUGCGGCGUUCCAGUCUCCAAAGAGGAUCCUGGUCCUUGAUGGGAUUCAGGAUCCGGGUAACCUCGGAACGCUGAUAAGGUCAGCUUGUGCGUUCAAAUGGGAUCCGGGUAACCUCGGAACGCUGAUAAGGUCAGCUUGUGCGUUCAAAUGGGAUGGGGUAUUUCUUCUUCCGGCUUGCUGUGAUCCUUUCAAUGAAAAGGCUCUUCGUGCAGCUCGUGGAGCCUCUUUGCAGCUUCCAAUUGUCUCUGGCAACUGGUGUGAUCUGCAUGCUUUGGUAACUAGAUAUGGCAUGAAGAUGUUGGCAGGCCAUCCAGAAAGUAGCAGUGAUGGAUCUGAAAGAACCCAUGUGCUGUCCAAAGAGCUUGCAGACUCACUGAUGAGUGAGUCACUAUGCUUAGUGUUAGGAAGUGAGGGCAAUGGCCUCUCUGAAGAGACCGUCCAAGCUUGUGAUCUUGUAAGCAUUCCUAUGGAAGCACGACUGAACAGACAUGGUGUUGUUUUCAAAUAAGACACGUUAUGACGAUGCUUUGGCGGCACUUCAACCUGUUUUGGACCUUAAUAGUCAGUGUUUAAAGAAAGGAUGGCUUUCACUUUCAGGUGAAUACUUGCUUUAUUAACUUACAAGAGCAUGCUGACUCAUCUGCAAACUUUAGUGUUCCAUUAUUGUAGUAGAUGUAUGCACGUCUGUCAUUCACCAAGAUGGUAGUGCACUUCGAUUCAUGUGGAUGCGGUCUUUGACAGAACAACGCUAUUUUUCAAGGCUCUUGUUUUGCCACUUCAUAGAGGAUUUUAUGA